CAAGUGGCCACCUUUGGCCGCUGGCGGUUCAGUUCACAUUGACGGACUGCUCGGGACAGACGUGGAGCGAUAAGACUUCGGUCCCACCCGUAUCUUUUGCCGAGGCCCUUAUCGUGCCAAGUUGUCUUAUCGGGCAUUGGGGAAUCUUAUCGCCAGGGCCAGAAAGUCGGGAAAAAAGUGGUGAAAAGCAGCCAGCUCAGUGUGACUAAAAUUGGUCGGAAUUCAAUGUGUUUUUCCGCAGCUCUUCGCUGUUAUGCUGCCUCAGUAGGAUCAGUAUCAGGAUCAAGAGCAAGGUAACCUUCGAGCACUUCAUGUCCUAAAAAUAGAGACGGUUCUCCAGCCCAAGGACUAAUUAAGGACACUAUCCAAUCCCAUUCAAUCAUGCCGCUCUUCACGAGAAAAUCACCCAAGCAAGGACCCACCGCCGAUGGGGGCUCCCAGUUCGGCAGUCGCUCCUCCAUGAACUCGGGAUCCUCCCAGGGUAGCCACAUUAGCAAUAAUAAUAAUAAUAACAACAACAACAGCAUUCCGGAGAAAACAAAGCCCCCGCUGGUCUUCCACUGCCAACUGGCCCACGGCAGUCCCACCGGCCUAAUCCACGACUUCUCCAGCGUUCGAGAGCUGUACCAGAAGAUUGCCGAGUGCUUCGACAUCUCCGAGAAGGACAUUCUCUUCUGCACCCUCAACUCGCACAAGGUGGACAUGACGCGUCUGCUGGGCGGGCAGAUCGGGCUGGACGACUUCAUCUUCGCCCAUCGCAAGGGUCGACCCAAGGAGAUCGAGAUUGUGAAGUCGCAGGAUGCCCUCGGGCUCACGAUCACCGACAACGGAGCCGGCUACGCCUUCAUAAAGCGCAUCAAGGAGGACUCGAUCAUCGACCGCAUCGAGCACAUCUGCGUGGGCGAUCACAUCGAGAAGCUCAACGGCCAGAAUAUGGUGGGCAAGCGGCACUACGAGGUGGCACGCAUGCUGAAGGACAUAGCCACCGGGGAGACCUUCACCCUGCGCCUGGUAGAGCCAGUGCGGAGCGGAUUCCAGGGCAUCGGACCGCGCAGCCAGUCAAGGGCGUCGGGUUCAGCUGGAGGAAAGAACUACGGCAGCGGCAAGGAGACGCUGCGGUUCAAGGCCAAUGGGAAUGCUCAGAUCGAGCCGCAGUUCGAUGAGGCGACUGUGGCUGGCAUCGAGGCCAUUAAUAACCUGCUGGAGUCCUUCAUGGGCAUCAACGACACGGAGCUGGCGUCCCAGAUCUGGGAUUUGGGCGACCAAAAGUCCAACUCGAUGGACUUCGCCGAGGCCAUCGACAAUUCGGACCUAGAGUCGUUCGGUUUCACGGAUGACUUCAUCAUCGAGCUGUGGGGUGCCAUAACGGAUGCCCGGCGCAAGUCCACGACCAGUCCCAAGUAAUUGGGUAACCAUACCAGACGCAUUUCACUUUGCCCGCUUACUGGGUCCAAUAAAAGAGGAGUCGUUCUUAGUAACCGCUAUUAUCUACUAUCUGA